UGCUGCAGCCAGGGCCCAAUGCCAUGCCUGGCACCCAGCAGCCUCCUGUCCCCAUUGGUUGUGAGGCCGGCUCCAGGGCCCCGGCUGUGUCCGUCUGAGGAAUGUGGCCCCCCUUCAGGAGCCGGGAAUGUGUGUGCCUGUGCCUCAGUCCCUCCCAGAGCCGAGCAUGAUUCAUUUCCCUGGAUCCCCCGGCCCGGGUGUCAUCUUACACUCCUUAUAUAGCCUGGGAGCCGGGGAGCGCUGGCAGGACUCGCAGCCUGUCCUCCUUCCGCCUGCUGCUGCUGCUGCUGCCCUGGAUUGGUGACAUGGAGGAUUACAAAGUGACUCUGGAUGGACCAGCCCCAUGGGGCUUCCGCCUGCAGGGAGGCAAGGACUUUAACAUGCCCCUCUCCAUCUCCAGGCUGACACCAGGGGGUAAGGCAGAGGUGGUCGGAGUGAACGUCGGGGACUGGUUGCUACAGAUUGAUGGCGAAAGUACCACAAAUAUGACUCACAUUGAAGCCCAGAACAAGAUUCGAGCCUGUAGCAAUAAAUUAAGUCUAGCUCUUAGCAGAUUCUCCGCGGGACUGAGUAACCAGCCAAAGGGUGUGAUUACAGCAGAUAACCAAGGCGUGAAGUAUAACUUUUCACCGAGUGGAGCUCUCAACAAAACCGCCCGGCCGUUUGGUGCUGGGACACCGCCCCCAGACAACUCGCGGGCAGCUCAGGUUACCAAGCCAGUGACCUACAACCCCCCUCCAGCAUCCUAUACUACCAGUCUGACACCCCAAGCCCAGCAGCAGAACGGGCAAGAGGGGAAGAAUGUAUCUGUUAUCUCUGGCCAAGAUUUCCCAGAUUUCCCAGCCCCUCCACCACCUCCCUCCGGACCUGCUGUUCGGCCCCCUUGGACCACGGAUCCUUCUUUUGCUGAGCGUUAUGCACCUGAUAAAACUACCACUGUAAUGACUAAACAUAGCCAACCAGCAACCCCCACCCCUGCCCAAAACCGCAAUUCCAUCCUGCAGGCGGCUCAGCCCACCUCAACUGGUGACAAGACUCCUAUCUGUUCCCAAUGCAAUAAGGUUAUUAGAGGGAAAUAUCUGUUGGCACUGGGGCGUUACUACCACCCUGAGGAAUUUACUUGUUCCCAGUGUCAUAAAGUCCUUGAGGAAGGAGGAUUUUUUGAGGAGAAGGGAUCUAUAUUCUGCCCACGUUGCUAUGAUGUCAGGUUCGCUCCAAACUGUGGCAAGUGUAAAAAGAAGAUCACAGGGGAGAUAAUGCAUGCUCUGAAGAUGACUUGGCACGUUCAGUGUUUCACCUGUGCGUUUUGUAAGACCCCUAUUCGCAAUCGCGCCUUUUACAUGGAGGAAGGCCAGCCAUAUUGUGAAAGAGAUUAUGAGAAGAUGUUUGGUACUAAGUGUCGUGGCUGCGAUUUUAAAAUUGAUGCCGGUGACCGUUUCUUGGAAGCGCUAGGGUUCAGCUGGCAUGACACCUGCUUCGUCUGUGCGAUAUGUCAGACUAACCUGGAAGGCAAGACAUUCUAUUCCAAGAAAGACAAACCUCUUUGCAAGACCCACGCCUUUUCCAAUGUCUGAUCUGCGACCCACCUGCACGGCGGCACAUGCACAGUCUCACAGACAUGCACACCUCAUACACACUUCAGCUGCCUGCAUGAGAAAGGAUACAGAAGAGCCUUCAGGACCCACUAUAUAUGUGCAACAGCUAUGUCUUCAGUGCUACAAAAAGUGAAGAAAAUGCUGGAACAAAUAUAUAUAUAAUCGUUUGUAAUUACAUUUCAGCUUCCUACUAAAGUCUUACUGUUUUGUAAUGUUAGGUGCUAAAUGGCUAUCCAGUAUGUAAGACAUUAGCCAUACAAACUCAUGUAUAUAUGACUGUUAUAUAUUGAAUUGGCAGGGUUUAAACACAGAACAAACCUAUAGAAAAUCAUUUAAUAGCUGAAAACAUGUCUAUGAGGUCUAGCAGUCAUUAAAGGUGCCUUUUAAAGCAAGGAAACGUGCUUUUACCAGUUUUUGACCGGCACACCUAAAACCAGAGUGGGUCAGGCUUUGCACAAGAACACAUGCUUAUGGACUCCAGCAGCAGACAACCCCCUUUGAAGUCAACUUUGGAGCAGAUCACUUGCCAUAACAGUCUAUUUUGGUGAUACGCAUUCUAUUAGUCCUUGGGUUGGGCUCUGUUUAAUCUUGGACAUGCACAUUUUCUGUAUAGCCGUAGUUUGGGCCUCCAAGAACCAUUUUCUUUUGUGUACACUGAUAAAUUGGACAGCACUGUCACUUGCACAAGAUAUGUAUCCCAUAUGACUUAGGCCAGGUUCUUUUCAUAACUCAGUAUUUUUAAGAUGAAAUUGAAGGCUCAUGAUAGGAGCUUAGACAUACUGAAUAAAGUACAGUAUAAGAGGCAAGUAAUAGAGGUAUGAGGGAGGCAUAUGGCCAAGAGGUGAAAUGUUUACAGGAGAUAUCCAGUUAGUUUACAUAUAAUGGGCAACUAAAAUGAUGUAGAAGGGGUCAUUGCAGAAAAGUUUACAUUGGACACAGUUUACAAUCCUUAUUGUGCGUAGAUAUCUAUUGUGAUGUAUAGUGCCUUCACACCCCUAUAGUGUUUUUCCUGUUUUGUUACAUUACAGUGUGGAAAUAAAAUAGAUUUUGUGUACCUUCUGAUUUAUACAACAUACCACCACUUUUAACUAGGCCAAGAUAUAUUCCAAGACAAAUUAAUGUUUCCCCUAAACCCUUACAUUGUAGCUUUCAGUUUCGGGAUAUUACCCUGUUAGAAAACAAACAUUCUAUCCAGUCCCCCAGAAGCUCUUUCCAUCUUUCCUUUAAUCCUCACCAUUUUUUCCUGCUGAUGGGAAUGGUGUUCUUGAGGUAAUGGAAUGGAAUAGACUUGCAUUGAGGGGGCAUGGUGUGACGUCACAAGGGGCGGGGCCAACCCACGCAUUGGGCGUGUUGGGAGCCAGUGGCAUACCUAGAGCAGGUAUAUUUAUACUAAUGGAUCACGCAGUAAAUUUAUUGGACCAGACUUUAUUUAGGGAUUUCAUAGUUUCAAUACAUGUGAGCAGUGAAUACAUAGUUUCAAUACAUGUGAGCAGUGAAUACAUAGUUUCAAUACAUGUGAGCAGUGAAUACAUAGUUUCAAUACAUGUGAGCAGUGAAUACAUAGUUUCAAUACAUGUGAGCAGUGAAUACAUAGUUUCAAUACAUGUGAGCAGUGAAUAUAUAUGCACUCACUACUUUUCAGUUUUUUAUUUAUUUCUUAAACAAGUUAUUUAUUUUUAUUUCCUUGGAACAAUUUGGACUAUUUUGUCAGGUCCAAUGACAUCUAAAUUUUAAAUCCAUUUUUAUUCCAGGUUGUAAUGCGACAAAACAGAAAAAAAAAACACUAAUGGGGAUGAAUACAUUAUCUAUAGAGGAUUCCUGUUACAGUUUUAGGACAUCAGGCAGACUAGCAGGUAGAAUAGAUACAGUUUGUAAAAAAUGAACGUUCUCUCAUAUUCAACGUCGUACAAUUAUCUAACACAUGUAGAGGCUUUCUAUGUCUUUUAAUGACAAUAAGAACAAUUCCUUACAGAUGUUAUCAGGCACUGUGCUUAGGAUUCAGCCAUAUUCUGGAACUACAUGACUAGCAGUGUGAGUAAUAUAUUACAACUGCUAUUAUGUCUCCUUUAAUAUAGAUAUUCCUACUGGUUUCUUAAUAAUCCUGUAUGUUGUAUUGGAUAAUAGAGACCAGGCUGAAAUGAUCUAUUAUUGUGUAUCCUUGUGUAAAUGGUGAAAUGUUAGUAUGCUAUCAUUAGUGUUCUACACAGUAGACUUGGCAGCAUAUGGCUGAUUUAUCAAGGGUUUAUAUUCUUUCAAAUGGUUAUAAUUAGAGAUGAGCGAACUUACAGUAAAUUCGAUUCGUCACGAACUUCUCGGUUCGGCACUUAU